UGUUGCUAAUUGAAACUAAAAUGAAUUAUAAAUGGAAAUAUUUUAUCAUGUUAAUACAUUUAUCAAGUGCAUUUAAAGUAGAAUUAACAGGACCGGGUUUACACCCUAGAAAUAUUGUGAUGCCGGCUAGAUAUUUCUUUGUUAAUUUUACUUCUUUUAAUGAAGACACUUACACACCAGAGUUAGGAAAAAUUUUUGCAGUGGAGAUAAAAGGAAAAUCAGUGAAAAAUCACUUUUGCCGUGUUUGGGUUAAUACACUUGACAGGAAGGAUGGCAGUUUUAUAGUUAGAUACAAGACUUAUGAAACAUGUUUGGAUCUUGCAAUUAGCAUUUAUUACAAAAGCAAACUCAUAAAAGACUUUCCAUUAAAAUUAGAAGGUACUAUUCAAGCAGACCAAUGCGAUUGUCCUGAGAAAGACUUGAAUUUAUGGUUAAAAAAAUAUGAAUGUCCAUCCUCAUAUGCUAGUAUUAUACAAGACCUGAGACCAUUUAACAACCAAGAUAUGUUGAAACAAGUAAAAUUGAUUGUAGAUAAAUAUCACAAACCUGAAAGCACUAGUUUCUGCCACUAUGUCAUAAAGAAAAAUCAAAUAUACAGGGAUUGUUACGGCAAACAUAUUGGAUUUAAUAUGUUUGCCGACAAUAUCCUCUUAUCUCUCACAAGAAAGGUUGUGUUACCUGACAUGGAACUAGUUAUAAACUUAGGUGAUUGGCCAUUGAUACAUAAAGACUCAGAGCCACUUCCUAUGUUCUCAUGGUGUGGUAGUGUUGAUACUAUGGAUAUUGUAAUGCCUACUUACGAUAUAACAGAAUCAGCAUUAGAAAAUAUGGGAAGAGUUACUCUUGAUACAUUAUCAGUGCAAGGGAAUGUAGAAAAGAAGUGGGAAGAUCGUAAGCCCAUGGUGUUUUGGCGCGGACGAGACUCACGGGCUGAGAGACUUAAAUUAAUUGACAUUGCACGAGCAAACCCUGAAUUAUUCAAUGCAUCUCUUACUAAUUUCUUCUUUUAUCGAGAAAAAGAAGCUCAGUAUGGCCCAAAACAACCACAUGUAUCAUUCUUCAAGUUCUUUGAUUACAAAUAUCAACUCAACAUAGAUGGAACUGUAGCAGCGUACAGAUUUCCUUACCUUCUUUCCGGAGGUGGAAUGGUUUUGAAACAGGAGUCUCCAUAUUAUGAACAUUUUUAUAGUCAACUUCGUGAAUGGGAACAUUAUGUUCCUGUGGCACGUGACUUGAGUGAUUUAGUAGAAAAAAUACAUUGGGCAAUCAAAAAUGAUGAUAAAGCUCACAAUAUAGCUAAUAAUGGACGAAAAUUCGCACAAGAAAACUUACUUCCCCAACAUAUUAUAUGUUAUCAUGCACUGCUAUUCUCUGAAUGGAGCAAGAGGAUAUCAAGUGAAGUGACCAUUCGUGAAGGUAUGACCCAUGUACCACAACCCAAGUUUGAGUGCGACUGCUCAUUAGGUCAAGAGGUUAACCAUGAAGAGUUAUGAUACUCAAAUAAAAAAUAAGAAAAAUAGUGCAGAAUGUUACUGGUUGAUGUAACUUGAAAGUUGACACAUAUUGUUGUCACUGGUUUUUUCAAAGGGACAAUAUGUGUCAAACAAGUGUCAAUGCAGUUAAAACCCACAAUAAAACAAGAGUGCCUAAUUACAUUAUAGAUUAUAGCUAUAGGCAGAAUUUUAUUAGGGGAGGUGAAGCAGAAAUGUUUACAAGUCAAUUAUUUCCAAUUUAAGCAUGCUACUUAAGAAAAUGGGAGAUUCACAGAGUUACAAGAAAAAGUCUUGUGAUUACUGAGUGCGGCAAUAUUUGAAAUAGACUCUAAUGAAUAUAAUAAACUCAUGUUAUUGUAUUUAUAACAACCAAUUUUUUUUACUUAGUAUUCUAACCGGCUGCUCUAUAUGGAGAGUUCUGUGUGGUGGGAGUUAUUGAUAGUGUAUUCCCUUCUUAAGUUUUACUACCAAACUUGAGGUAAUCCCAAAAUCCUUGCUUCACCUCCCCUAUUAUUAAGGAUAAUAUAAGAAAAAUGCAUUACU